AGUUCCGAGUGGGUAGGUCCGGGAUGGGGUCGGUGUCCCCCGCCUGGCCGACCCUCCCCCGCUGACUGAGAGGAAGGCUAGAAGGCACGGCGCCCCUGGCCGGCCCCGCUCGUGGCAUUUGCCGCUCGGCCAGCUCACGAUGAGCAGGAAGAGGGCGAUGUGGGGGGCCAGGGAAAGGGGCUGUGGGUGGCGACGAUUGAUUGAGCACCAGCUUUCCUUGGUCAUCUGGCUGAUUUAAGAACCAGAUUCCCAUCCCCGCCUUUCUUGCUGUGGACUUCACUGGGGGAGCCAGCAGGAGUCGUGGGCAUUAUCCCAGCCACAGAGGAGAGUGAGCUAGAGUCAGGGUUUGGAAUGGAGACGGGUGCCUGGACCCAGGAGGAGAGAAGAUAAGAGAAGGGUGGUGUGGCUUCCAGAGGCAAGGGGAUGGGGACCGGCAGAUAAAUGGAAACCUCGGUGUGCGAGCGGACUUGAGGAGCCGAGACUUGUCCGACUACCCCCCUCCAGCCUCCCGGAAGACGUACUGCUUCUGCCUCUUCCGGCUUCCUGUGCGCCCCAGCUCUGGGUCUGGUUUUCUCCACUGGCAGGAACGGUCGGGUUGGCGGGACAGCCCUCUAGCCUAGGAUUACAUCUGCCCAAGAUGCGAGUCCGGGUUUAUCGAGGAGCUUCCGGAAGAGACCAGGAGUGCAGAGAAUGGUUCAGCCCCCUCCACAGCCUCUGCGGACCAGAGCCGGCAGCAACCGUUCGAGAAUGUGGACCAGCCCCUGUUCACGCUGCCGCAGGGCUAUGGGCACUUUGCUUUCGGCAUCUUUGACGACAGCUUCGAGAUCCCCACGUUCCCCCCUGGGGCGCAGGCUGAUGACAGCAGGGACCCCGAGAGCCGGCGGGAGCGAGAGCAGCACUCCCGGCACCGGUACGGCGCCCGGCAGCCCCGCGCCCGCCUCACCGCGCGGCGGGCCACCGGCCGGCACGAAGGCGUCCCCACGCUGGAAGGGAUCAUCCAGCAGCUGGUCAACGGCAUCAUCACCCCGGCCACCAUCCCCAACCUGGGCCUGGGCCCCUGGUGAGGGCGUCCUGCAUUCAAACCCGAUGGACUACGCCUGGGGGGCCAACGGCCUGGACGCCAUCAUCACGCAGCUCCUCAAUCAGUUUGAAAACACGGGUCCCCCACCCGCAGACAAAGAGAAAAUCCAGGCCCUCCCCACCGUGCCUGUGACUGAGGAGCACGUUGGCUCAGGGCUGGAGUGCCCCGUGUGCAAGGAUGACUAUGGGUUGGGUGAGCAUGUGAGGCAGCUGCCCUGCAACCACCUCUUCCACGACGGCUGCAUCGUGCCCUGGCUGGAGCAGCACGACAGCUGCCCCGUCUGCCGAAAAAGCCUCACAGGACAGAACACAGCCACUGACCCCCCGGGCCUCGCUGGGGUGAGCUUCUCCUCCUCCUCGUCGUCGUCCUCCAGCUCACCUGGCAAUGAGAACCCGGCCAGCAGCUCCUGAGCACACCGGCCGGCCAGCCCCCAGGGCAACAGCAGACAGCCCACGCGCCCACGGACUGCAGCGCCACCGGGCCCGCCGCGGAGGAGGCUCGGAGGACCCACCCUUCCAGGCUGCGGAGGGAGCUCGGCCUCCCCAGGGACAACCCGGCUGGGCCGGGCGCCCGCACACACUGCCCGGGCGUCCCACCUUCCCUCCCCUUUGUCUCUGACCUCACCCUCUACAUGUUCAACGGCGGAAAGGUUUUUAUAAUUUUAAAUUAUUACUGCUUUGAAAUAAAUGGACGUUUGAGCUCACUUGCGGCCCUGCAUGAUCUGUGGAGAGACUGGGUGGAGCCACUCGGCUGGGGUCCUGGCUGCGUGGACAGGCCCUGCUCCCCACCCUGAGCACUGGGGCCUGGGACACCAGGAUAACCAGCAAAACAAGGACAAGACUGCUCUGACAGACGUUUUUUAAAGGAGAAAAUAUGUGUAUCUUGAAAGCUAUUUAAAAAUACACCUACUUAGAAAAAA